GUUUUUCCAGCUGGUCCAGAUUCCACUGCAAGCUCUGACAGUCUUUCUCGCUGUCCACUACACCCCGAAUCUUGGUAUCAUCUGCAAAUUGGCUGAUCUGGUUAACUACAUUGUCAUACAGAAAUGCAUGGAAUGCAACGGCUGUAAAGGAAACUAUCAGCGUUUAAAGAAAACGUAUCAGGCGAGCUGGGAACAAACUCCCGCAAUUAAAUCUUGCAGUGAGGAGCGACUCACAGAAAAGCGAUGUACUCUGAUCAGUGGAAGGAAGCACACCAAGAAGACCGCGGAUUACGAUGAUGAUAGUGAUCUUCAGACAGAGAACGGGCAAUGUAAACCACACCAGGUCAGGUGUUACAGAUGUGGACGUCGAAAGACAAAACAAGAUGGUGAAUGCUGUGGCGAAAGAAGCGGUCGAAGAAAUCGAGCCAGCAAAGAGAGAUCAGACGAGUAUUACUUUGAGUCUAGGAUAAGUGAUGGUUCCUCAAAGAACCUGCAGGAGAAGAGCAUCUUUUCAUGGAAUCGUGCGCUUCCUGAGCCCCAGAGUGGAUGUGUAUGGAUCAGGCAGAAUUCCCUUAUUCUUCCCUAUGAGUGGGAGGACGACUGUGAGAUGAUCGACUGGGUGAUUGACCAGUACCUUCAGGAGAAUGACAGCAUUUCCGCCUACUACAAGGGCAAGAUUAUUCUGACCUUGAAGGAUGCUUUGGGAAUCACGUCGACAGCCGCAGAUUCAGAAAACCUGCCAAAAAGACUCCAGAGUCAUGGGUUUGAAGCAAGCAUCCCGGUUAUCCCAGAGAUGUUCUGCUCUGAGAUGCCGUUGUCUGACCGCCAGGCCCCUGAAGAACAGUGCAGGAGGGAUUCCCUGGAGAUCCAAAGCUCAGGCCCCCUGCCUCCCUGCGAGACCCCUGAAGAAUUAGUCAGUAUUCUCCCCGAAACAGGGCAACCUGAUGAAUCCCAGAGAGAAAGUGAAGAGCAGUGUUGCCAAAAGAAUAUGGACAAAUGGUGCCUGGAAGGCAUAGAGAGGCAAUGUCAUGAUGACGUGCCCAGCCAAUGCCAAGAUGGCAUACCCGGUCAAUGCCAGGAUGACAUGCCCAGCCAAUGCCAGGACAACAUGUAUAGCCAAUGCCAGGUGGAGGAUGUGGCCAGCAUGCUCAGCCAGUGCAAGGUGGACACACUCAGUCAGAAUGACAUGCCCAGCCAUUGCCAGGACAACGAGCUCAGCCAAUGCCGGGACAGCAUACCCAGACAAUGCCAGGAUGACAUGCCCAGCCAAUUUCAGGGUGGCAUGCCCAGCCAAUGUCAGGAUGGUAUAACCAGGCCAUGCUGGUAUUGCAUGCCCAACCAACACCAGGAAGGCAUGCCCAACCAACACCAGGAAGACAUGCCCUGUCAAUCACACAAGGACAUGCCCAGCCAAAGCCAGGACAGCAAGCCUAGACAAUGCCAGGAUGAAAUGCCCAACCAAUGCCAGGAUAACAUGAUCAGCCAAUGUCAGGAUGGUAUAACUAGACUAAGUUGGUAUGGCAUGCCUAGUCAAUCAUACGAGGAUGUGCCUAGCCAAAGACAGGAUGGCAUGCCCAGCCAAUGCCAGGAGAACAUGCCCAGCCAAUGCCAGGAAUACAUGCCUAGCCAAUGUCAGGAUGAAAUGGCCAACCAAUGGCAGGACAGCAUCUCCAGCCAAUGCCAGGAUCACACGCCCCGCCAAUGCCAGGAUUUCACGCCCCGCCAAUGCCAGGAUUACACGCCCCGCCAAGGCCAGGAUUACACGCCCAGCCAAUGCCAGGAUUACACGUCCCACCAAUACCAGGAUUACACGCCCAGCCAAUGCCAGGAUUACACGUCCCACCAAUACCAGGAUUACACGCCCAGCCAAUGCCAGGAUUACACGCCCCGCCAAUGCCAGGAUUACACGCCCAACCAAUGCCAGGAUUACACGUCCCAUCAAUACCAGGAUUACGUGCCCAGCCAAUGCCAGGAUUACACGCCCAGCCAAUGCCAGGAUUACACGUCCCACCAAUACCAGGAUUACAUGCCCAGCCAAUGCCAGGAUUACAUGCCCAGCCAAUGCCAGGAUUACACACCCAGUCAAUGCCAGGAGGAUGCAGCCAGACAGUGCCAUGUCAAUGUGCCCAACCAUUCUCAGGAAGACAUGGACAGACAAUGAUCAGGGAGAAAGAAUCUUCAAGAUCCUUUCCACACGAAGAGCACAGAUGAGCACAACAGCACCUUCAUUCCAUGCGUUAAAUUGAAAAUCUGUAGCAAAUGGCCUGUUCUAAUUGUCUUGUUUGCAAGUUAAAU